UAACUCAGAGUAUGCUUCAAUUCUUCAACUUCUAAUGCAAACAGCAGAAAGUGAGAAAUGAGGGCAUUUUAUUGGCCUGACUGGUAGGCUUGAUCAAAAUAUAGUUUCCCACCUUACACAUUUUCCAUAUAAAUUAGAAAGUGGACCGAUCAAAUAAUCACUUGCGUCAGAAAUGGAUUCCAAGAAAUCCCAAAUGUCUCUGAUAAUUUUCUUGCUUCUAGCUUUACUGACAUGCAUGUCUUCUAGCCUUCCUGGCGAGCACCCCAUUGUCGUCAAUGACUUCAGCGAGCUUGUUUCGGAGGAAAACAUCAUUGAAAUCUUUCGACAGUGGAGAGAUAGGCAUCAGAAGGUGUACGAACAUGCAGCAGAGUCGGAGAAGAGGUACCGGAAUUUUAAGAGGAACUUGAAAUAUAUAAUUGAGAAAGCUGGAAAGAAAACAGCUGCUUUGGGGCACAGGGUCGGAUUGAACAAGUUUGCGGACUUGAGCAAUGAGGAGUUCAAGGAGCUUUAUUUGUCAAAGGUGAAGAAACCCAUCAACAAAAGGAGCAUUGCAAGAGACUGGAGGCAGAGAAACUUGCAGACGUGUGACGCACCUUCCAGCUUUGAUUGGAGGAAGAAGGGAGUGGUCACUGCUGUCAAGGACCAAGGAGACUGUGGAAGUUGUUGGUCAUUCUCUACCACCGGAGCCAUAGAAGGCAUAAAUGCUAUUGUAACUGGUAACCUAAUCAGCCUCUCAGAACAAGAGCUUGUUGAUUGUGAUACAACCAAUUAUGGGUGUGAAGGAGGCUACAUGGACUAUGCUUUUGAAUGGGUUAUCAAUAAUGGUGGGAUUGACACCGAAGCUAAUUAUCCGUAUACCGGUGUUGAUGGUACCUGCAACACGACCAAGGAGGAAAUAAAAGUUGUAUCCAUCGACGGUUACACAGAUGUAGAUGAAACGGACAGUGCCCUCUUGUGUGCUACUGUGCAACAACCCAUCAGUGUUGGCAUGGAUGGUUCUGCGCUAGAUUUCCAGCUAUAUACUGGUGGAAUCUAUGAUGGUGACUGCUCUGAUGAUCCGAACGACAUUGAUCAUGCUGUUUUGAUAGUCGGUUACGGUUCAGAAAAUGGUGAAGAUUAUUGGAUAGUGAAGAAUUCAUGGGGCACGGAGUGGGGAAUGGAAGGUUAUUUUUAUAUAAAGAGGAACACUGAUUUACCAUAUGGUGUUUGUGCAAUCAAUGCCGAGGCCUCAUAUCCAACCAAAGAAUCUUCUUCUCCAUCUCCAACUAGCCCCCCAUCGCCACCAUCACCUCUGUCUCCGCCGCCGCCAACACCGGUGCCACCGCCCCCUUGUCCUCAACCAAGUGACUGUGGAGACUUCGCCUACUGCCCGAGUGACGAGACUUGCUGUUGCAUUCUCAAGGUCUUUGACCACUGCAUUGUCUACGGUUGCUGUCAAUAUGAGAAUGCUGUCUGCUGCGCCGACUCCGUGUACUGCUGUCCUGGUGAUUACCCCAUUUGUGACGUCGAAGAAGGGCUCUGCCUCAAGAGCCAAGGAGAUUACCUGGGAGUGCCUGCAAGCAAGCGACAUCUGGCGAAGCACAAGUUUCCCUGGACUAAGUUAGAGGAAAAAACGAAAACAGACCGGCAAGCUCUCCGGUGGAAGAGGAACCCCUUCGAUGCAAUGCGCUGAAACACACGCUUGGAGUAAAAUCUGAGAUCCCUUGAUCUUUGCUGCCGUUUCAUGUUCUUCGCAGGCAGGCAUUCCUGCUAUGAACAUUUAUUUAUUUUAAUGGACAAUUAUUCAUGUACGCAACAGCCAGCGGUUAAAAGCAGAGAAAAAAUUACAGGGGAUAUUAAUGUUCUUUUUUUUGUUUCUGUGGCUUUAGCUUCAUUUUCCAUUUAUAGACUCUCUUUUUCCGGAUUUGA